AUGACCGGUUCAAUUCUAAACCUAAAUCAGCUCCUGUCUUCUCCUCAAGUCCACGUCAAAGAUAUCAAGGCUCUAACCGAUAAACUCUCAAAAUUCGUCGCCGGCGGUGCGGAUCAGCUAAUGGUGAUCUCGGAUUUCGACUUCACUUUAUCCCGAUUUGCUGAUAAAUCUGGAAAUCGCUGCUCCUCGUGUUAUUGCGUUUUUGACAAUGCUGUUGGCACAAAUAACCCAGAAUGGUGCCGGAAAUUCGUUGGAUUGUAUCAUAAAUAUGGGCCAGUUGAGCAUGAUCAUUCGCUGAGCAUCGAGGAAAAAGUUCCGUUCAUGGAGGCGUGGUGGCAACAAUCGCACGAGCUGAUCAUUCAGGGUGGUUUCAAGCGCGAGGCCAUCGAUGACUAUGUUUCGAGAUGUAAUAUUCAGUUGAGAGACAACGCUGACAUAAUGAUGAAAAAAAUGACGAAUCACUCGGUGCCCUUCAUCAUCUUCUCCGCAGGAAUCGGAACUAUUAUCGAGAUGUACCUAAAGCAUAAAUUUGGAAAAGUUGAGGACAACACGCAUAUCGUUUCGAAUAUGAUGGGUUUUGAUCAGGACGGAUACGUCAAUUCGUUCUCUGAUCCUUUAAUCCACGUCUUCUGUAAAAACUCCUCUGUGAUGCCAGCUGAUAGAACGUUCUCUGAGCAAAUUCACGGAAGACGCAAUGUUAUUUUGUUGGGUGAUUCUGUUGGAGACGCUUUUAUGGAUGUUGGUGUGGAGGAGGAGCAGCUCUCCUUGAAGAUUGGAUUUGUUAAUCAUGAUGCCGACAAACUUGUGGACAAGUACCUCAACUACUUUGAUAUUGUGCUUGUCCACGAUCAGUCAAUGAAUGUUCCAAAUCAAAUUCUCGAGGCGAUUUAUGCGAAAUCUCAUUGA